CUGCCCCGAGAGCGAAGGCCGCCGGGAGCAGCGCUGAGACCCGCGCGGGCAGCGGGGAGGGGAACGGCGGCCGAGACGCAGGGCCGCCCAGCGGCAGGAGCACCGAGUGCAAAAAAAAUUGUAGACUAAGAAGCCAUGGAUAGGAGAAGUGUGAGUGUCAGUGAAACAGAAAAUGGAGAUGCUUUCCUUGACCUGAAGAAGCUGCCGACCUCCAGAUCCCCCCAUCGCUAUACAAAAGAGGAGCUCUUGGAUAUAAAAGAACACCCCCAUUCCAAACAGAGGCCUUCAUGCCUCUCCGAAAAGUACGACAGUGAUGGCGUUUGGGACCCUGAGAAGUGGCAUGCAUCUCUCUACCCGACUUCAGGGCGAAGCUCACCAGUAGAAACACUGAAGAAAGAGUCAGAUGCAGAUCGCCCAUCCUUGGUGCGCAGGAUAGUAGAUCCACGAGAGCGUGUGAAAGAAGAUGACUUGGAUGUUGUUCUCAGCCCACAGAGACGAAGCUUUGGCGGGGGCUGCCACGUGACCGCUGCUGUUAGCUCCCGACGCUCAGGAAGUCCGCUGGAGAAAGACAGUGAUGGGCUUCGCCUGCUCGGCGGGCGAAGGAUUGGCAGUGGGAGGAUAAUCUCUGCCCGGACCUUUGAGAAGGACCACCGUCUCAGUGACAAGGACCUGCGUGAUUUGAGAGACCGAGACCGAGAGAGGGACUAUAAGGACAAGCGUUUCAGGAGAGAGUUUGGGGAUAGUAAGCGUAUCUUUGGGGAGCGGAGAAGAAAUGAUUCAUAUACUGAAGAAGAACCAGAAUGGUUCUCGGCCGGACCCACAAGUCAAUCUGAAACCAUUGAGCUGACUGGCUUUGAUGAUAAGAUACUAGAAGAAGAUCACAAAGGCAGAAAAAGAACAAGGCGACGGACAGCCUCUGUGAAGGAAGGCAUAGUCGAGUGCAAUGGAGGAGUGGCUGAAGAGGACGAGGUGGAGGUCAUCCUGGCCCAGGAGCCCACUACUGAUCAGGAAGUACCACGGGAUGCCGUCCUGCCUGAGCAGGCCCCAGGAGAAUUUGACUUCAAUGAGUUCUUUAACCUUGAUAAGGUGCCAUGCUUGGCUUCGAUGAUAGAAGAUGUUUUGGGAGAAGGAUCCGUCUCUGCCAGUCGAUUCAGUAGAUGGUUCUCUAACCCAAGCCAGUCUGGAAGCAGAUCUAGCAGCCUCGGGUCAACACCACAUGAAGAACUGGAAAGACUUGCAGGACUGGAGCAAGCCAUCCUCUCUCCUGGACAGAACUCGGGGAAUUACUUUGCUCCUAUACCAUUGGAAGACCAUGCUGAAAAUAAAGUGGACAUUUUGGAAAUGCUACAGAAAGCUAAAGUGGAUUUAAAACCUCUUCUUUCCAGCCUUUCUGCAAAUAAAGAAAAACUUAGAGAGAGCUCACAUUCAGGUGUUGUGCUGUCGGUAGAAGAAGUGGAAGCAGGACUCAAGGGCCUGAAGGUGGACCAGCAUGUGAACAAUUCAACACCCUUCAUGGCAGAGCAUUUAGAAGAGACCUUGAGUGCUGUAACGAGCAGCCGACCACUGAAGAAAGAUGGAGACAUGACUGCAUUCAACAAGCUUGUGAGCACCAUGAAGGCCAGUGGGACUUUGCCUACUCAGCCCAAAGUUAGUCGAAAUCUUGAAAGCCAUUUGAUAUCCCCUACUGAAAUUCCAGGCCAACCUGUCUCGAAGAACAUCCUGCAGGAACUUCUGGGUCAACCAGUUCAGAGACCUGCUUCUUCCAAUCUUCUGAGUGGCCUUAUGGGGAGCUUGGAACAUAACACCUCUUUACUGGGCCAAAGAGCACCCUCUCCUCCCAUGCCACAGAUGUUUCAAACUCGAGCAGCUUCAGCAGACUACCUUCGCCCACGAAUACCAUCACCAAUCGGUUUUGCACCAGGACCCCAGCAACUACUUGGAGACCCAUUUCAGGGCAUGCGCAAGCCCAUGAGCCCUGUCACGGCCCAGAUGAGUCAGAUGGAGUUGCAGCAGGCAGCUUUGGAGGGGCUGGCCCUACCACAUGACCUUGCAGUCCAGGCAGCAAACUUCUACCAGCCUGGUUUUGGCAAACCACAGGUGGACAGAACCAGAGAUGGAUUCAGAAACAGGCAACAGCGAGUAACGAAGUCACCAGCACCUGUGCACCGAGGGAAUUCUUCAUCCCCAGCCCCUGCUGCUUCAAUCACAAGCAUGCUUUCUCCUUCCUUCACCCCUACCUCAGUGAUCCGGAAGAUGUACGAGAGCAAAGAGAAAAGCAAGGAGGAAACAGUACCUGGAAAGGCGGCUGCUGGUGACAGUAAAGAGGAUAUUCUGAAGGCCAGUGAAGACAACCUGCUGUCCAAUUCCAUAUCCAAUGUGGAUCGAGAGUCUUCGCCUACAACAAAUCUAAAACUGUCAACAUUACAGCGGCCUUCAUGUUCCACCCCACUGUCCCAGACAAACCGUUACACCAAAGAACAAGAUUAUCGACCUAAAACAGCUGGGAGAAAAACACCCACGUUGGCAUCCCCAGUUCCAGGAACACCUUUUCUCCGCCCCACCCACCAAGUUCCCCUCGUUCCCCAUGUCCCUAUUGUUCGGCCUGCUCACCAGCUCCACCCAGGAUUGGUCCAGAGGAUGCUGGCCCAAGGAGUACAUCCACAGCAUCUCCCAAGUUUGCUUCAAGCUGCAGGUGUGCUUCCUCCUGGGCUGGACCUGACGCAUUUACAGGGACUAUCUGGCCCCAUCCUGGGUCAGCCCUUUUACCCCUUACCUGCUCCUGCUAACCAUCCCCUCCUAAACCCUCGUCCUGGAACACCUCUGCAUCUGGCGAUGAUGCAGCAACAGCUCCAGCGCUCAGUUCUGCAUCCUCCAGGCUCUGGAUCCCAGGCAGCAGCUGUCAGCGUACAAACAACUCCUCAGAAUGUACCCAGUCGGUCAGGCCUGCCGCACAUGCACUCCCAGUUAGAGCAUCGCCCCAGUCAACGGAGCAGCUCCCCUGUGGGCCUUGCCAAAUGGUUUGGCUCAGAUGUGCUGCAGCAGCCCCUACCCUCCAUGCCUGCCAAAGUCAUCAGUGUAGAUGAGCUGGAGUACCGACAGUGAGGGCAUGGCAGGCAGGCAGGCAGGCUCACACACAUCUGGACCUAUGGUGGCAACCUGGGCAGGACAAUGCUGCUUCAUCUUGGGUUGGUUUAUAGGCUUUUACUUUGGAACACUCCAGGUGAAGCUCUUUAGGGAACCCACACACAUGGCGUGGCCUCACAUGAUAGAACGACCUUAACCAAUGUAGGAGCAGAACCCACAUGGUCUAAAUACAGGAUGCACAGUGCUGUCAAUCCUGAAAAUUCUUUCUUUUUGUAAGGUAUGUGAAUGAUGUGCUGGUGUCUUCAUUAAGAGGUGGCACCUAAGGGUUCUGAGGAAAUAAAAUGUAUAGACCCUUAUGUACAGAUCUGUGUAUAAACUUUUGUACAUACAUAUAGGAUAGCUUUUUUGAACUUAUACAGCUGUACAUAAAAGUAGCUGAUAUUAGUUAAGCCUGUGUCAACUGUUUUUUUCUUUUUUUCACUUGUACAUUUGGGACUUUUGUUUGAUUAAAGUUGCAUAUGCUAAGUGUGUGAAUGAA